AUGGAACUCAUCGACCAAGAUCGCCUAACAACAGCUCCAGAGACCUUAAGAUUACUCUUCUGCGAACUUCUCGAAUACUACACCGAUGGAUCAGUUGUCAAGGGAAAAUCGGGAUAUGCAAUAAUUUCCAACUCUAGUACAAUAGCGACUAGACGAGCUAAUGACAACAACUCCAUCUUUACAUGUGAGUCUGAAGCGAUCUUACAUACACUAGAAAUAAUCAAAGAACGACAAGAUACCGCAAAGAGCACCGUCUUCUCAGAUUCAUUGUCUACCUUAAGGGCCAUUAAGAACCAAAAACAUCUUCGAGACAGCUCCAACAUUUAG